AUGAGCGACCCCAGCGCCAACACCCUCACGAUCCUCGGCUGCGGCACCCUGGGCACCGCAAUCCUCUGCGGCAUCCAAGACGCGCUCUCCAGCAGCAGCGACGCCUCCUCCAUCCCCGCCAGUAUCCCCAGCCGUUUCAUCGCGUGCGUACAGCGCGCCUCCUCCGGCGCACGCAUCGAAGCCGUGCUCGCCGUGGGCGCCUCGUGCGCGCCCACACAGAUCCUGGUCAACGACAACCUUGCGGGCAUACGCGCUUCGUCCGCCGUGCUGCUCGGUUGCAAGCCGUACAUGGUCGGUGCGAUCCUGUCUGCGCCGGGGGUCGCCGAGGCGCUCUCCGGGAAGCUGCUGGUGUCGAUCUGCGCAGGCGUGACGAUCGGGCAGCUGCACGAGCUGGCGCCCAAGGCUAGGGGGGUCGUCAGGGUCAUGCCCAAUACCGCCGCGAAGGUCCGCGAGAGUAUGACCGUUAUUGCGCCCCAGAUGGGGCUGCCGGAGGAGGACCUGGAGAUGGUCCAGUGGGUCUUUAGCCAGAUCGGACGCUGUCUGGUGCUCGAGGAGAAACAUAUGGAUGUUGCUACGGCCCUGUGUGGAAGUGGUCCUGCGUUCUAUGCCCUGUUUGUCGAGGCUAUGGCCGAUGGCGGCGUGCUCAUGGGCGUGCCUAGGCAGGCGGCGGUCGAGAUGGCGGCGCAGACUAUGCGGGGAACUGCGGCGAUGAUUCUGGAGGGCCAGCAUCCUGCUAUUAUCCGCGAGCAGGUUUCGACGCCCGGGGGCUGUACAAUUGCAGGAUUGACCAGGAUGGAAGAUGGCAACGUCCGCAGUGUCAUUGCGAGGGCCAUCGAGGAGGCCACGAAUGUUGCCGGUGGCCUCGGUGGGAAGAAGAAGUAG